UUCCUCCUUUCUGUUAUGGUUCAAUUUUCAAUCAGAGUACAUCAGCUUUUAUCGUUAUCAUGUCAUUCGAAAAGUUGCGAUGUGUCAAUUCGGUACUUCGGACGAAAGUUUUCAAAACCAUUACCUAGCAGGAAGAUGAACCACCUAACCAGACUUUUAAAGACAUUUCAAGUUUUGCCUUCAAAGAUAAUAGUAACUGUCCCAUGUUACAAUGUUUUGUCGAGAGGAUUUACCUCCCUUCUUAGUAGUUCAAAAGCAGCUGUACCAGUGAGUUCAUUGUUAGAUAUUAAACCACUUGAAGUUCAACAGCACCGUAAUUACAAGAUGCGUCAUAUUUUGAAGAAAAGAUGUCGGGGAUGUUAUUUUGAGCGUCGAGAAGGAAGGUUAUUUGUUGAAUGCACAUUAAGACGGAGACAUAAACAAAUGCAGUUUGUUAAAGGUUAUGGAAUACCUAAAGAUGACUAUUGUAAAGGGAACUGGAGGAAGGCAGUGCACUGGGCUUAUAGAACAGAUGGAAAGCUAUAUAAGUGGGGUGACAAUUCACAAUUUUCCAAGUAUCCCUGGCUGAAAGACAGAUUAGGGCAUGAAAUUUGAUUGGGAGAGAAAACUCUAGUUAUAAAGUUAUUACUAAGUUUGUGUUAGUUUCUGAAACAUGUACAGACAAAAACUAAAACAUGACUGUUUAGCAUUUAUGCAAAGGCUAUCAUUCUUUGGAAUAUUGAUUCUCUAAUUCAAAGGAGUUACAAAUUACAUACAACACAAAAGUGAAACUAACUGGAAAUAAAUUUUUUGAUGCAAGUUAAGUUUUGUGAA